CAGGAUUGGGGUCUAGACUCUUAUCUCCAGCCUCCGGCCUCUCCCCACCCCGCAGCCCCUCCUUUCAGCUCCUCUGUCCCGACCGAGCCUCGCUGUGGGCCUCCCCAGAGCUAACAGCGGCCAGGCCUCCCCUUGGCUGGCAGCUCCAGCCCAAAGAGGCUGCACCCACAUUCCCUGGCUGCUCUCCAGCCCACAGGAGCUGAGAAAACAAAGUCCAGUGACCGUGAGUGCCGCCGAGCAGAGGCCGCCGAAGGGGAGGAAGCAGCGAGGAGCCACGGAGCGGAGGCCGCUGUCAACUCCCAGAUGCUGGGCCUCCUGGGGAGCACGACCCUCGUGGGCUUGAUCGUAGGCGCUGCUGUGGCUAUUCUGCUGCUGCUGCUGCUGCUGGCCGCCUGCUUGUACUGCAGACGGGAGGAGCCUGACGUGGAGAGGAACCACCCUGCCGCAAGGAGAAACCGAGUCCGGUGGGCCCAGCCUCCGAUCUCCUCAGGCCGGGGCCACCUGGGACGCUUGCACCAUCUCCGUUAUUCUGGCCGUGUGCCUCACAUGCCCCACGCGACCCUCCAUCACCACCAUCACCUCGCCCGCCACCAUGCCCACCACGCCCACCAGGCCCAGCGAGGCCGCCGCUGAUGCCUGAAUGGCAGCCUGCCCCACCGUCACCAGGAUGCGGGAACCCCGAGGUUCCCGUGCAGAAGGGCACCUCUCGGUGGUGAACGUCGGGACCUGCUUGGGCUUCACUCGCCUCCUGUGCCCCGUGUGCUCCGGAGGGAGGCGGAGAACUGGGGAGCACCAGGGGUGGCCCUGCGCACAGCGGAGGGUGCCGGGGCUGAGAGCAGGGCUGGUGGUGGUCCUCUGGGGACGGACGCCACCUUGUGACUGUAAGUCCCAACGGGCACCAGAAGUGACGGCCAGUCUGGUGCAGGUGCACAGGGGUGUGGGGAUGCACAGAAGGUGUACCCUGCUCUCUCCGAACAACCAGGCCUCUGGCCAGGGCGGUAGCUGGGAGGCGCCCUGGUAACGCCCUUUCAUUUGCAGAAGGCAGUUUGAGGCUGCAGAGUCAAGUCAACGGUGCCUUAAUACAAGAAAAUAAAAACCACUG